AUGCUUGUAAAAACCAUAUCAUCGCCUGGUGCGUUGUCUACAAGUUUUUCCAUACAAUCUCCAAGUUUAAUGGCAGAAGAAGGAUUUCGACAAAGACCAACUAUAACUCUUAAUAAUAAAGAAGAUGAAAAUGAAGAACCUUCAGAUGAAAUUCCAAGAUCACCUUAUUACCCUUGUGAUAUCAAACCGUAUAUAGGACUUCGUGCAAAAUUAUCAUUAGCAUGGAUCACUUAUCCAAUAGUGGCUUUAUUUAUUGUAGUCGUUCGUCUCCUUAAAGCAAUGGGAUCAAUUCAACCUUUAGUAGAUGAUGUUAAAUCUAAAGCUAUUGAAUCGUGCAAUGCACUUGAAUUAGCAACUUCAACUGUAACAUCUUUACCACAUUAUAUGGCGAAUGGAUUUAAUAAGGCAAAUGUUGAAGUAAUAAAUUUAACCAUAAAAGGAUUUACAAACUCUCUUCAAUUGAGCUUAACAGCUCUAGAAGGAAUUAUUAGUUGGUUCAUUCAAACUUAUUUAGGUACUUAUUUAUGUUUAUUAAAAUUAGUAACUAAUGCUUCAAUGAGUGUCAUGUUCGAAAGUAUUAAAGUAUUACAAAGUUUUGCUACUGACCAAAUUGGAAUAAUUAAAACAAACAUUGAUAAAGAAAUUAUAGAUAUAAAUGAAGUUCUGAAAAAAAUUCAAAGUGAUAUUGAAAAAAUACCGAAAACUGAAAAUAUUCAUAUACCAGUCAUAGCUGUAAAUUCAGCUAAUCCAUUAAGUACAUUUCAACUUCCUUCAAAGAAUAUUAUCACGGGAUUAGAUUCAUUAAACGAAACACUUAAUUCACCGAAUAAUAGUAUAACAGGAAUAAAAUCUAAAUUAAAUGAUUUAAUUUCAAUACCAUUUGAUAAAUUACGUACCGAAAUUCAAAAUAAAUUAUCAGAUCUUAAAUUUAAUGAAAGUGUUUUACCUCAACCACAAAAAAAUAAUAUAACUUUUUGUCAACAAAGUUUAGAUUUAACAUUUCUUGAUAAUUUAACUAAUGAUCUUAUUAAAGCUGCAUAUAUUGGAAUUACCAUAAUAAUAAUUGUUGGUAUAUUAAUGAUUAUAGGGAAUGCUAUAAUUACUUGGAUUUCUCAUCGUAAAUUUAAAAGAAUUAUAAAUAAAUUUGAUAGUGAAGAAUAUUCUGAUUUUUUUUCUUCUUUUGGCAAAAAAGAAUUCAACAAAGAAUCCAACAAAGAAACAAUGAUGACAAUAAUAAAAAGCGUAGAAUAUCCAUUCAUUUCAUUUCAAAUCUUAAAAACUUCAAAAUAUUUUAAAAAAUUAGAAAAUCGAAAUUUAUAUCGAUGGUUUUGGGAUUAUAUUCUUCAUAGAUCAGCCAUAGUUAUUUUAAUUAUAGGAUUAGCCGGAGUACUUGGAAUUUAUAUUCAACUUUGGAUUCUUCAAACAGUUCGAAACGAUUAUCAACAAGUUACGAAAGAUUUUGUAACUUCAUUUGGUAAUUCGGUAAUGGAUUUAGUAAAUUCUCAAAUGAAUUCAACUUCACAAAAAUAUUCUAGUGAAAGUAAUUUAAUAAUUUCAAAUUUUGAGAAUAAUGUUAAUGAUAAUGUAUUUGGUUGGGCUAAUAUUACUACUAAUACCCUAAAUGAUACAAUAAAUACCGCAGUGGAUGAAAUCACGGGAUUAGUUAAUAAUGUAUUUGGAGGAAUUCCUUUAUUAGCUACAUCAAUACAAGAAUUGCUUAAUUGUUUGAUUUUGACAAAAAUCAAAAUUGUUCAAAAGGUAUUAACUUUUAUUCAAGACAAUGCAUCUCUUGGAUUGCCUAGAGUAAGUAACGAUAAAUUAUUAGUGAGUUCAAAUCUAAUUAAAGGAUUUGUUGAUGAAGCAACCACUAAAUUAGUGGGGGAUAAUGAAUCAGGUGGUAUUAGUACGGGAGGUGAUAUUGGUCAUUUAUUUGAUAUUUAUGAAAAAAAUUUAAGAGAUGAAUUAUUUAUUUUUUGGAUAAUGAUUAAAUUUAUUAAUGCUAAAGAAGGAAAAAAGGAAGAAAAAGGAAAAGAAGAAGGAAUUACAAAAAUCAAAAAGAUCAUUAAUUCGAUAAAGAAAAGUAUGACAAUAAUAUUACGGAAAAUGAAAUCAAUUAAUUUUGGAUCAAUUAAAAAAAUUAAAAAGAGGAAAAUGAAUUCCCGUAAAUUAUCACGAGAAAGAAAUAAUAAUACUCGAAAUGAUAAUAAUAAUUAUGAUAAUAACGAGGAUAAUACUAAUUAUAAUGAAAACAAUCAAAAUGAUAAUGAUAAUUAUUAUAAUUAUAAUGAGGAAGAUAAUAAUAAUCCAUUUAGAGAUAUCAAUAGUAUUGAUAAUGAGAAUGAUCCAUUUAGAGAUAUUUAUAAUAUUAAUAAUGAUCCAUUUAGCGAUAACAAUAGUAUUAAUAAUAAUGAUAAACCAUUGUUACCUCCCAAACCCCUUUAUCUUCGAAAAUAA